CAAUAACAUUGAACCUCUUACAAUGAGAUCAUUCACCACUAUCGCUUUACUCUCCCUUGCCGCCUCCUUGGUGUCUGCCGCCUCUGAAAACUUCGGUAUUCUCGACUUUAGAUCGGCCUCUCCUAUUCACUUCUCUACCUGGAGUGUCCAAGGUGAUGAUAUUUACAUCAAUGCUGGAACUCAACUCGGCACAUUGCAGAUCCAGGACGAUACCACGGUCAAGACCACUGACGGAAAGUUCUUAGUUGUCAACGGAGACAACUCUUUGGGUGUUGGAGCCAAGGGUACUCCGGGUUUCUCCAUCAUCUCUAGUUCCGAUGGUUCUCCAAGUCACCUCACUUUUGGUGGUUCUACCGGGUUUUCUGCCUGCAAUGAUGGCUCGUCUUCGGCAUAUCAAAUCUUCACAACCAACACUGGUGCUAACUGUCUCGGUUUCCAAGUGGGUGCGACCGGUGAAGGCACAGCUUGGGCUGAUGCCUUCCCUCAGGUGGGUACUACCGGCGAAGGUAAGGUUUGGGCUGAUGCCCUCCCUCAGACUGUGGCUUCUUCCUCUCCUACUCUUCUUCCAACCUCAUACUCCAACACAACUACUACUACCACCGAACAGUGGACAACUGCAACCAUCACCAUUACCUCAUGCUCAGAUCAAAAGUGUGUCACCACCUUGACUGUCACUACUUGUCCAGUCACUGAUCUCCCAACCGGACCAAUUCCUCCUCCAAACACACCAGCCCACACCACUUCGCCUGUUGGAUCCUAUUCUAAUGCCACCACCACCACCACCGAACAGUGGACAACUGCGACCGUCACUGUCACCUCUUGUUCUGACCACAAGUGUAUUACCUCUGUUACCGUCACUACCUGCCCAGUUACCGCGCUCACAUCUACUGCUGCUCCUGCAACAGUUUCUCCAAAGCCAACCACUACACCUUCUCCUGCUCCAAAGCCAACCACUACACCUUCUCCUGCUCCAAAGCCAGCCACUACACCUUCUCCUGCUCCAAAGCCAACCACUACACCUUCUCCUGCCCCUCCUGCGCCAAAGCCAACCACUACACCAACUCCUACUACUCUUGUGUCAUCUGCCAGUAAGUUAUCUACCUCUCACUCGGUUAUAACCCAAACCGGUGCGGCUGCAUCACUCAACAAAGUUGCAGGCUCUGUUGGUGCGGGCGUCUUGAUGGCAGGCUUGAUGUUUGUAUAAGGAAUAUCCACACGGAGCCCUCCAAGCUUUCAUGUUCACUUUCUGUUCCGACUAUUCUCGCUUCUUUAAACCUGAUUACCCUAGCACCUUCCGCUAAGCU